UUAGAACAAAAAAGAAACAACACAAGUGUCGAGUGAAAUUCAGGAUUGGUUGACUAAAUCUACAUUUGCUUAUUCAACACAAUUAUUGUGCACAUAUUUCGUUUACACGCAUAUAUAUACGGGGCACAUGUACAAAUGAACGUCUACCGAUCAGUAUAUUAGAAUAAACAAUUGUGCAGCAUUAAAGGUGGCUGUAAAAUUUAUCAAAAGGAGACACCAUUCACAUUUAUGUUUUUUUCGUUCAACUAAAUUUCGUCUUUAUAUAUAUACAUAUAAAGAAAAUUCAGCGACAGCGAGCGAGAGAGAAAGAGCAAAAUGAGGGCAUGAAUGAUCUUUUUUUUACGUCUUGUACAACUGCAUAUAUAUGUCUCGAAAAAUGUGUACUAGUCGUAUUAAUAUGAUUAUUAUAAUAAUAUAUGUCACAAUAUUUUGUUAUGAUGAUGAUGUCGAUGUUCACAUUAUGCAAAAUCUCAAUAUGACAGUAGCCGGAGUAGUGCGCAUAGAACACGAAUUGAAAUGAAUAAAACAGAGAAACAAAUGAAAUGGAAAAUAAUCUUUUUUUUCAAGAUUGAAACAUUUUCGACAUUGCAUUAUACACCCGGGUACAUGCACAACACACACACAUAUAUACACAAACAGACAAUGUACAAUUACUUGCACACAACCACUACACACUGAUUGACAUACAUCUAUAAGCAAACUAAAUUUAUGUUUUAAAAGUGCCACAAGGAAUUUUUUUAAAAAUGACUUCCCUUUCAUCAUAUAUAGAUAGAUAGAUAUAACACUUAGACAACAUUUUUCCCUUGUUUAUUUGUGUGCUGUUGUCGUCUUUAUUUUCCAAAGAAGAAUGAACAAUAGAUUAUUAUAAAUGAAUUACUCAUUUAAUUGGCAAAAAUUAAUGAUAUAAUUAAAUAAUUUACUAUAUUCCAAUGGUGUUUUUAUUUCCUUUUGUAUUCUAAAAUCAUUAUAAAUACUACUGAUGUUUAAAGAACAAUUCAAUUAGGUAGUAUUGAAAGAGUAUACACUAUUCCAGAAGAGAAUUUGACAGAGAACACUGAAAAUCAUUGAUAGUAAUAACGAUAAUGAUAAUGAUAAUAACAAUAAUGGAAAGUAAUCUGUUUCAGCAUAGACAACAGAAAAAACAUAAUGGACACAUUAUUUUGAUUAUCAGUACACUUUUCUACUGUUUCUAUUGUGUAAUGACACAGGAUAAUGAAUUAAAAGAAAGAAGAAAAUUCUUCACAAGAAGUGUGUUUGAUUUACGCAUUGAACAUUUAAUUUUAAAUUCGGCAAAUUAUUUAAAUAAAUCAAAUGAAUCAAUAUCUAUGGAGAAAUGCUUUACAUAUAUCAAUAUUAAUCAGUGUCAUUUUGUUUUAGGCAUAUGUAUCUCUGAAACAAAAUAUAUAAAUAAUGUAAGCCAGCGUAUUUCAUUGAAUAGACCAAUUCUAAUGAAACAUCAAGAUAAUUUAAUUCAUUCUUAUAAUCGAACAUCAUCAUUUUCAUGGGAAUUUUAUAAUGAUUUAUUACCAGUCGAUUGUGAAAUUGGACAUGGACAAAUUCUAACUGGUUUACUUAAUUUGAAUACAUCAAUUAACUAUGUUAAUUUAACUUACAGUGUAAAAUUAAGCACAAUGAUAAAGCAUAAUUUAAAAUUGUUAUUCAACGUAUAUCAUCUUACAUCUAGUGGAGAUUUAUGGCUAAUUGACCAACUAUCUUCAAUAUUAUCCAGGAUUGAACUAAAUCAACCAUGGAGGCCAAUCAGAUUGCUUGAAACUGGACAUAACUCAAGUACAGAAAUACAACACGCAUUUAGAGAUGAAAAUACUGUAAACUCAUCGUCUUCCUCAUUAACAUUAUCUCAAACAUAUUUUAAUAUUUCAGCCAGUUAUCGUUAUUCAUGCACUUUAAACUACUAUGGAGAACAUUGUAAUCAUUACUGUAAACCACGUGACUCAAAAUUAGGUCACUAUCAAUGUCAUCCACAAACUGGUGAGUUAAUAUGUAAUGCUGGAUGGACAGGGGCAAGGUGUAAUCAAGCACUUUGUAGAAAAGGUUGUAAACAUGGAACUUGUGUUGGACCGGAAUUAUGUCGUUGUAUUGAUGGAUGGACGGGUUUGAAUUGUGAUCAGUGUAUUACAACACCGGGUUGCUUGAAUGGACAUUGUCAAUUUAACUCAAAACACACUAGUUACUUACCAUUUACGUGUGAAUGUGAACCUGGUUGGACAGGGAUGCUGUGCAAUAUCAAUAUGCGCAUAUGUGAUAGUAAUGAAUAUGUAAAUAUCUGUCAGAACCACGGUAUUUGUAUCAAUCAACCCGACCCGAAUGGAUUAAAAGUAUUAUACAGAUGUGAAUGUUUGCCAGGGUUUUAUGGAACACAUUGUGAAAAACAAAUUAACAAUUGUAAAUUUCAUGGAUGUAACAACAGAGGAACUUGUAAGAAAGAAGGCAAUUGUAUAUGUGAUCCAAGUUAUUAUGGUUCAUUUUGUCAAUUCAAUCAAACAACAUGCAGUCAAGAUCCAUGUUUAGGAAAUCUAUCUAAAUGUUACAUAACACCAAAUGAAACAGUAAUAACUAACAAUGAGAGAUCAAAUCAAAUUGUAAAACAAUUCAAAUGUCACUGCGAACAAGGGAAAUUUGGUGAAAAUUGCGAAUAUGAUCUAGAUGAGUGUUUAUUGGAACCAUGCUUAAAUGGUGGUCAGUGUGUUGAUUUGAUAACCGGUUAUCAAUGUAUAUGUCCACCUCGUUUCACUGGUCCACAAUGUCAAUUUACAUUAAAAGCAUGUCAAAAUAAUUCAUGCUCUAAUGGUGGGGAAUGUUUAGAUGAAUCGAUCAGUUUUCAGUGUCAUUGUUUAAAAGGAUGGAAAGGUAGAACAUGUCGAGAAAAUAUUAAUGAGUGCUCUGAAAUACCAAAACAAACUGGUCGUUCAUUAUGUCAAAAUAAUGCUGGUUGCCGUGAUCUCUUAGGAUCAUAUAAAUGUUUAUGUUCACCUGGAUGGAAAGGAAAACAUUGUGAAGUACGUAAAUCAAAUAAAACACAAAAUAAUUAUAAUUAUCAACAUCAUCAUUCUACCGACGAUUGUCAACAUGAUGUAAAUAAUUCAAUAAAUGAAAAUCGACUGAAUCAUCGUUACAAUGAAUUUUUAAUAUUAUUUAUUAUACUAACAAUAGCUUUCCUUAUAGUGAUACUUUCAUUAAGCGGAGGAAUUCUAUUUUUCUGUACAAGUUAUAAACAUAAAAAGGUGAAACAAUCAAAUGAUCCUUCGACUUGUCAAAUGAUCAACUCAAAUCUACCCAAAACAAUUGACAAUUCCAAUAUUAUUAAAACAAUGAAACCUAAUCAACAUAGAAUAUUAUCUAAUCAACAAUUUGUUUGUCCAAUACAACAUGAAAAGCAAAUUUCAAAUAUAAUGAAGCCAGUACAAGACUGGCCUUGUCUUCUUUAUGUAAAUAAAUCAUUUGCCGAUAAAGUUUAUAUGAAUAUUAAAAAGAAUUCGCAUGAAACUUAUCCGAAUCAAACACAUUUAUCUUUGAUUGAUACACCUCAAUGUUAUGCCAAAGGAAUUUUAGAUUUCAACAAAAACACUAAAGUAAAUUCAUUUCUAAAGUUUAAUCAUAUUGAUAAACAUUGUUUAAAGAAACAAUUAAGUCUAAUAUCAAAAGAAUAUCCAGAUAAAAAUGGUUUUAAUUACAGUAAUAAUAACAAUAAUCAAUAUCCGGUUCAUAAUCGUGACGUUUAUAACCAUGACAAUUUGAACAAUUCAUUGUCAUUAUCAUCAUCAACAUUUAACAAUAGAUCGGAUACACCACCUCCAGCAUAUGAAAUCUCAAUUGGUUUAAAUGAAGUAAUGAAAAAGUGAAAAAAAGGUAUGAAUAAGUCAAAAAGUGGAAUUUAUCUCCAUACAUUUUCACUGAGACAAUCUUUUAAUCUCAUAAAAAAAGGCAAAAUAACUGUUACUACACAUGAAGUAUACCACUUGUCGACUAGAUUUAACAUCUAAUUAAUUGUCUAUAUAACAAUAAAUAUACCAUGCAUUUCUAAAAGAUGGUUUAUUUUUAAAAUCAGUCAUAAAACUAUAAGAUUAGUACUGGAAUUGUUUUUUACAUAAAAUGAGAAUGAUAAUGUUGUUGUUUCAUCGAACUUAUAUAAGAAACUAUUUGAAUGGCUAUAAAUGAUUCUAUGAUAUUUUGACUAAUGAUGUAAAGAAGACACAAAAAAGACAUGAAAUCUGGACCACCAUUUCGUUUUUUGUUAACAACUGUAAUAAACCAUUUCUAUUGUAUACACUGAAUUGAAUUUUCUUCUAUAGUUUGACAGUUUGUGUUUAAAAAUAUAAGAUUUGUUAUGAUGUGAGAACUUUUAAUUUGAACAUUAGACCGUUAAUGAUUUUGCAGCCAAAUGAUAAUUUGUAUGAUUUAUAGUUGUGUACAUCAAUUGAAUGGAAUUUUACAUUGUUAUUGAAGAUUGUUAGAAAGAGAAUGUUGCUUGUUUAUCACUGAGACAUACUUUGUUAUAAGUAUGUAUUUUCUGAAUUUAAAGACCUU